AGGGCCACGGCUUCCGGCCGAGCACUUCCGCUUCCGGUUCUUAGCGUCGACUCUGUCCCAGGCUCUACCUUCCAGCGAAGAGGUUGUGGCGUCUGCUGGUUCCAGGCGAUUCUUGCUCCAAACAGGAUGAUCGAGGUUGUUUGCAACGACCGUCUGGGGAAGAAGGUCCGCGUUAAAUGCAAUACGGAUGACACCAUCGGGGACCUUAAGAAGCUGAUUGCAGCCCAAACUGGCACCCGUUGGAACAAGAUCGUAUUGAAGAAGUGGUACACGAUUUUUAAGGACCACGUGUCUCUGGGGGACUAUGAAAUCCAUGAUGGGAUGAACCUGGAGCUUUAUUACCAAUAAAGCAGAAUUCCUUCCCCCCCUGCCUUGCCCUUCUCUCUUCUCCUACCCUCACCCCCCACAAUAGUGUGGCUGCUUGUUUUUGAAAACUCAUGUUAAUAAAAACUUAGAGGCUA